UCGUGAGGCACGCCGGCGGGCGGGUGCGGUGUCCGCGCUGUCCGCUCCGCCGGGUGUCAUUGGUCUCCGAGGAGCGGCGCCGAGGACACCGCGGGCGGCCUGGUGUCCGGCACGGCCAUGGCGGGCGCGCUGGUGCGGAAGGCGGCGGACUAUGUCCGGAGCAAGGACUUCCGGGACUACCUCAUGAGUACGCACUUUUGGGGCCCAGUAGCCAACUGGGGUCUUCCCAUUGCCGCCAUCAAUGACAUGAAAAAGUCUCCGGAGAUUAUCAGUGGGCGGAUGACAUUUGCUCUCUGCUGUUACUCCCUGACGUUCAUGAGAUUCGCCUACAAGGUGCAGCCUCGGAACUGGCUCCUGUUCGCCUGCCACGCCACCAACGAGGUGGCCCAGCUCAUCCAGGGGGCGCGGCUGCUCCGGCACGAGAUGUCUAAAAAGGCCUCAGCAUAACAAUGGAAAGUGAAGAACCGGCUUUUUGAAGGGAUGGCAUUGCCAGCUGCUGCUGCCGCCGAGUCACAGAUUCCAUCAUAACGAAUAGUCUUGCUAAGAAAAAUAUGCGGAAUGCUAUUUUUACUAACCAGACUAUUUUUCUAGAAAUAGCAGGGAGUUCCUAAACCUACUCUCUGCUGCCUUACAAGUACUGAAUAUUUUACUUCUCUUCAGAAAGAGUAGCUCAAAUAUGCAAUCAAUUUAAUAAUUCCCAAUGAUGGUUUUAUCUGCAGUAAUAAUAUCUGUUAGAAUUUCCUUAAUGAAAAACUGAAGAGAACAAAAUUUGUAGCCAUCAGCAUUUAAGUGCUCGGAAAUCGUGACCUUUCUUUUCAUGACCGUGAGACAGCUGACGGCUGGCCACUUGCCUAAAACCACAGCGUUUGAGAAGGUAUUUGUACUUCCGUGCGGUGUGUAUAUUGAAAUGCUGUAAAUUAAUGGCAAUAAAUGAUUUAAAUAUUUGUCAAA